CCAGCAUCCACCCUCCCCGGGUAGCAGCAGCACACCUCCCCAGUGCAGGCAGCGGUCCACGGAGGGGCGCAUCGAGUGAUGCUCGAGCGGCCAGUGCUUCACGCAGCAGUGCCCACGACCCGCGAAUAGACAGUGCGCGCCACACGAGGAAUAGACCCCGCACGCGUCUGGACAGCAACUGCCCAUGAAGAUGUCCAGCACUGACAUGGUCUUAAAUGCCACUGACCGGGUGGUCAAAUCCGUUCCCUUCCCCCUGAGCCACCGGCUCACCAUGAAGGAGGUGUUUGACUGCGAGGGGAAGCCCCGCGUGGACCUGCUCAAGGCGCACCUCACCAAGGAGGGCCGCGUGGAGGAGGCCGUGGCGCUGCGCAUCAUCAACGAGGGCGCCUCCAUCCUGCGGCAGGAGAAGACCAUGCUGGACAUCGAGGCGCCCGUCACAGUGUGUGGAGACAUUCACGGCCAGUUCUUCGACCUGAUGAAGCUGUUCGAAGUAGGCGGCUCCCCUGCCACGACACGCUACCUCUUCCUGGGAGACUACGUAGACCGAGGCUACUUCAGCAUUGAGUGUGUUUUGUACCUCUGGUCACUGAAAAUCCUCUACCCAAAGACGCUCUUUCUGCUGCGGGGAAACCACGAAUGUAGACACUUGACAGAAUAUUUCACUUUCAAACAAGAAUGUAAAAUCAAGUAUUCGGAGCAGGUGUACGACUCAUGUAUGGACGCAUUCGACUGCCUUCCUCUCGCCGCACUCAUGAACCAGCAGUUCCUGUGUGUUCAUGGUGGACUCUCUCCAGAAAUACACACGUUAGACGACAUAAAAAAGCUGGACCGGUUCAAGGAGCCUCCGGCAUUCGGACCCAUGUGUGACCUGCUGUGGUCAGACCCCCUUGAGGACUUUGGCAAUGAGAAGACCCAGGAGUACUUCUGCCACAACACAGUCAGAGGCUGUUCUUACUUCUACAGUUACCCGGCUGUGUGCGAAUUCCUACAGAACAACAACCUGUUAUCGGUGAUCCGAGCCCACGAGGCACAAGACGCCGGGUACAGAAUGUACCGGAAGAGUCAGACCACAGGCUUUCCGUCACUAAUUACCAUCUUCUCGGCGCCAAACUACCUUGAUGUUUACAACAACAAAGCUGCUGUACUCAAGUAUGAGAACAACGUCAUGAACAUCCGACAGUUCAACUGCUCCCCGCACCCAUACUGGUUGCCCAACUUCAUGGAUGUGUUCACUUGGUCCCUGCCCUUCGUCGGAGAGAAAGUUACAGAAAUGCUUGUCAACGUGCUGAGCAUUUGCUCUGACGAUGAACUCAUGAAUGAUGGGGAUGAAAUCUUUGAUGCCAGUGCAGCCGCUGCUCGGAAGGAGGUGAUCAGGAACAAAAUCCGCGCCAUCGGGAAGAUGGCCAAGAUGUUCUCAGUCCUUAGGGAGGAGAGCGAGAACGUGCUGACCCUAAAGGGAUUGACACCCACUGGCAUGCUGCCCAGCGGCGUGCUCUCGGGGGGCAAGCAGACUUUGCAGAGCGCUACCAUCGAGGCGAUAGAAGCCAUCGAGACGGUUGAGAACAGAGAAGCGAUCCGCGGGUUCUCUCCACAGCACAAGAUCAGCAGCUUCGAGGAGGCUAAGGGCCUGGACCGCAUCAACGAGCGGAUGCCCCCCCGCCGGGACGCCGUCAACAACGUGGGCCACUCCAUGGGCAAGAUGAACAUGGCGGAGUCCAACGGCACGGACGAUAACAGCAAUAUACAGUGAUUCCCGUGACCCGCCGACUUCCACUGCUACCCUCUGGGGCAGGCCUUUGCAAAGUAUACUUCAGGCCUCUGCUUUUUGGAAAAUAAUAUUAUUAAUAAUAAUGAUAAUAAUAAUAAUAAUAACUAUGAGCAUAAACAAACAUUUAAAAAAAAACUACAAAAACAACAUCCACAUGAAGACGAUUUAAGUUCCGCUUAAAUUUAAAUUAGAGAUGCAUGGGGAAGAGUGAGUGCUCUGCAGACCGGAAAGGCGGUUUUCUUUCGGCCCCGCGAUGCCAGACGGACCCUCCGACAAGGAAGCGCUUCCCGGCUCCGCCGCGGGGGGGGGGGGAGCGGCGACAUGGGCGGGCUCGAGGUAGGUGGGUGGUGGGGCGGAGUUUGCGGGGAUGUGCAGAGGGGGCUGCUGUUGGUGUACAGCACUGGUGUGACUUGCAAGGUCACCCUGGUAAGAAUGCAGACUUAGAGCACAGUCCUGCAGAUCAUAGGUCAGGCAGAUGAGCGGUACAGGGUUUGAGUGUCCUAACCCUCUGUCUUCUUUAUU